AUGAUCUCUCACAUCGCCCUGCCAGUGUUUCUGGCGGCCGCCACGGCACUCGCUAGCCCUAGUUCCACCGACAGCUAUGCCCCGUACUAUGUCGACUGUCCCGAGGACAUCCAACUCGUGCGCCAGCCGCGAUCAACCUCGCUGGCAGAGUCGGAAUGGGUACACGGGCGCCAGGCACAGAUGGUCGACUCACUGGGCAGGUAUCUCGAAAACCUGGACCUGGCAGACUUCAACACGGCCGAGUACAUGCGCCGAGUGCGUGCCGACGUCGACUACAGCGUGCCGGUGAUCGGCUGGGCCAACAGCGGCGGCGGCUGGCGCGCGGCCAUGACGGGUGUCGGCGGGCUGCAGGCCAUCGAUGAGCGCACGGCGGGAGCCCGUGAGGCCAAGGUCGGCGGCUUGUUCCAGAUCCUGACGUAUAUCGCCGGUCUCUCCGGCGGGUCGUGGCCCGUCUCGUCGCCUGUCUUCCAUGACUACGAGCCCAUUAGCGAGAUGAUCGCAGACUGGCAGGUUGACGUGGACCGGUUUACCGAUGCGGAUGAUGACGACUAUUUCGAGGUCAUCGUUGAAAAGUACACGGCCGGUUUCAAUAUCUCCGUGUCUGACUUCCUGGGUCGGGCGUUUGCCACCCAGGUUAUCCCCGGAGUGAACCGCACCUGGUCUUCCAUCCCUGAGCUGCCGGGCUUCAAGAACUUCAGCGGGCCCUUUCCAAUCCUAGUCGCCAGUAGCAUAAACACGAGCUCGCCGGUCGAGGACGGCCUCUACGUUCCUUCGUGGGAUGCUCCAUGGUACGAAUGGAACCCCUUCGAGUUCGGGUCAUGGGCGGCUGGGUUUGUGCCUACGAAGUACGUUGGUACGGUCCCCAACGAGAACAACACGGCCGAGAAGUGCGUCGAGAAUCUCGACCAGGCCAGUUUUGUCCUGGGUUCCGUCGCGAGUGCAUGGAACUACUGGUACCUUGAAGCCGUGAGCAACGACACGCUGGGGACGUUCUCCAAGCGCGACGGCGGCGUUGCCAAGCGCGAUUCUUACAUAGAUGAGCUGGUGGAGCUAGUUGACGAGGUCUUCAGCGAGUACUUCAACUACACGGUCUCGCAGAUCAGCAAUCCUUCCAUCCCCAACGCCUUCAAUCCGGACGAGAACCUCACCUUCGCCGACGGCUCUGAGGCAGGGCAGUCGAUCCCCUUCCUGCCGCUCAUCCAGCCUGAGCGAAAGGUUGACUUUAUCUAUGUGCUCGCCAAGGCCCAUGGACUGCCCUUCCCCGAGGUGCCCCCGGUCCGCGAGAUGCUGGCGCGCAACUACACACUCAAGCCGGUUUUGUUUGGUUGCAACACGAACCUCACCACGACGCGCGACGCCACCUCCCCCAUCGUCGCGUACUUUGCGAACGCGCCGUACAGCUGGUAUAGCAACUACAGCUGGUCAACGACCAACAUGUCGUCCGCCGAGGCCAAUGGCGUACUGCAGAACAGCUUCAAUCUGCUGACGCAGGGGAACGGCACUCUUGACAGUACCUGGACCGACUGUCUAGGCUGUGCGGCCAUUGACCGCAGUUUGGCCCGGGUGGGCAUGCAGCGGUCGCAGGCCUGCGAGCAGUGCUUCCAGGAGCACUGCUGGGAUGGCACCCUGACUGCUGGUGUGUCCGACGAUUUUGUGCUGGACCCGUCACUGGCGCUGGAUCCUAGCCUCAGCUAUGCGGAGUGGAGCGAGCAGCAUCCGGAUAUGGAUUAG